GAUGAAGCUUCUCCUGCUGUUGCUACUGCUGUUCGCCUGCGGCUGCGCUCACGGCGGCUUGUGGAAAUCGGGGGGUAGCACUGGUGGAUACGGCGGUGGAUAUGGCGGUGGAUACGGCGGAGGACAUAAAGUCAUCAAGGUGAUAAGCAUCGGAGGUGGCGGUGGCGGCUGGAAAUCCGGAGGCGGCGGUGGAUGGAAGUCGGGGGGCGGCGGAUGGAACGUCGGAGGCGGUGGCUGGAAAUCCGGUGGAGGCGGCUGGAGCUCCGGCGGUGCGUGGCCGAGUGGCGGCAGCGUCGGAUGGUCGGGCGGAUCGUCGGCUUGGCCGAGCAGCAGUGGCGGCUGGUCGAGUGGCGGAUCGUCGGCGAUCGUUUGGCCAAGCAGCAAUGGCGGAUGGUCGAGUGGCGGUGCUAAUGUUUGGCCGUCGAGCUCGCCUGCUGCAUGGAAACCCAGCGUCGGCAGAUCCAAGUGGCAAGGAGCUUGGUCUGGAUGGCCGAGCAGCAACGCUGGCUGGUCCACUGGAUCUUCGGGUUGGUGGGACUAAGGAGGCAAGCGGAAGUAAGUAGAAGAAGAAGAAGAGGAGAGCCGUAGCAGUGCAGCCGCGGGGCGAGUUUCCACGCCGUAAAACUCUGUAUAAAAAUUUCACUUGCUUGAAUAAAGAGAGGAAAAGCACACUGCUGCAGUCGUCGUCGUCGUCGUCGUCGUCGUCGUCGUCGUCGUCGGGCGAAAAACAAGGCGGAGAAAGAAAGAGAAAGAGAUAGAGAGAGAGAGAGAGAGAGCGCGGAGUUUCUAUGGAGGCAGAAUGUCAAUAGUCGUGUCGUGUUUCCCUGCCGCGCGUCCCCGCGGUGCGCGCUCGCGAAAGGAAAAAAAAACUUGCACUUGCGAGUUUGCACCGCGCCUCGGCCUGCGCGGGAUAGCCCUGAAAAACAAACUUUUCGCUUCUAAUUGUCUGCCAAUUUUUCCUUUCCGCGCGGCUGAUUCCGCGGAGAGAACAGGUAGCGCCGCUUUCAAUUAGGCUAAUUUUUCGAUUCGCGCACUUGGCACUCAUUAGGACGGAGGGAAAGAGAGUGCCUUUUUUCCGUCGAACUCUACCUCCGUAGAUGCGGAACGCUCCGGCAGUACGCGAGCGCACGAUGACGCCGAUUACCAAGAGAGCAGAUUGACCGGCGAUACGUCCGGCGUUAACGAGCGAGCAAUCGAAUUAGCGCGGAUUGCUUCCGACCUCUUCCCUCCCUCGUUCUCUUGCAUGUAUAUGUACGCGGUGCUCUAGCCCAUCCUACACAACCCCUUUUUGUGUCACUCGGCCGCUUCCAUAAAUCAACCUUCCCCCAUGCUCCUCUCUCACUCUCUCUCUCUCUCUCUCUCUCUCUCUCUCUCUCUCUUUCUCUUUGCAUCGCGAUUAUAUUUCGCUAUAUAUAUAUAUGUGUGUGUAUGUGUGCGCGCGCGCGCGUGUGUGUGUGUAUAUAUAUAUAUAUAUAUAUAUACAUGCCGACACAAACGAUGAGCUGGAGUACGCACGCCCUGGAAUUUUAAAUAGCCAGCAGUGAAAUAGGGAAGGGCGCAUGUUCUGGAUUCCGAUUCGAUGUAUCUAUAUGCCCUAUAAGCGAUAUACGCGUGUACACCCGCGCGAGCUUUGUGGAAUUUUGUGGCGUUCUCCGAUUAAGACGAGACGCAGCCGCACUGAUUAUCGGUUUAGUUUGUCAUUUUCGUAUUGUUGUCACGUGCGUACGAAAGCUCGGUUUCGUUUUUGUUCGUUUUGCAGAGUGUGCCCGCAAAAAGAAAAAGAAGAGCAAGCCAUCACCUGUUUCACACAGCUGUCCACAUUUUUGUACAUUCUCUCGUCGUCGAUAUAAAAUAAACAGGUG